AUGUCCUCUGCGAAGCACCCAGAGUCAGGUUCACCACCGGCAGCCGUGCUGUCGUCUCCAAGGACGGCCCCGGAGGGUGAGGCUGUCGGUACGCUGCAGCUCCUGCGGUUUGCCUACAGCUACAUGACAUGCCAGCAGCGCGUCAUACUCGUGUCAGGCCUCUUCAUGGCUUGUGCGACGCUGCUGAGCAUUUCGAUUCCCGCCCUCGCCGAAGAGAUAGUAUCAUACGGCAUGAGGACGAUCACAAAGACCAUAGACGGUGUCUCGCACACUGCGGAGAGCUCUAGCGCCACAUCACUGGAGGCAGCAACGGCGGCGCCGGGACUUGGGGUGCCCGCAGACGGCGCGGGAGCUGGAGCGGAUCGGCUCUUCUUCCUAGGCCUUGGUCCGCUCAGCGAGCGCAUCUUCAAGCCGCUGCUUCCGAUGCUCUUCGCUUUUCUGCGCGGUGCCGUCGUCGGAGAUGGUACGGAGUCUGUGGCGUCGCUAUCCCCGUACGUCGAAGGGGUUCUCUGCCGCUGCCUCCUCAUGGCAGUGGCGAUCCUAUGCUACCACUUCACUUCCCUGGUCGCUCACCUUGCCGCGUACUAUGCGGGAUCGGGAGCGCAAAAUGCCUUGACGAAGGAUAGCGUGCAGCGCAUCCUCCAUACUCCACGCCCCGAGCGCGUCGCAGUCGUGAACGCGGUGAAGCUGGCGCAGCUCAUCACCGCCAGUGGACGGGCCUUGAGCGACACGACCGGCGAGCUGCUCACGAACGUGCUCUCGCAGGUGAUGUACAUCGUGGGCUUCUUUGCCGUAAUGCUCUUCCUGUCCUACCAACUCACCCUGACCAUUCUAGUCGGGGUAGUGGGGAUUCAGUGUCUCUUCGUUUUGCAAGGGAUCUCGUUGCACCGCCAGGGCAGCCGCGUAACGGCAGAGGAGGCGAGCGUGCAGGCGUACAUCGCGAACAUCCUGCAGCGUAGUCAGACCGUGCUGGUCUUCGGUUGCAGCGAGUUCGUGCUGGACCGCAUGGCCGACCGAUCGGCGCAGUUGUGGCGGCUGACCAACGGUCUCAACCGCAGCAUCCACGGCUACGCCGCCGUCAGCUCCGGCCUCACCCGCCUCAUCCUGGUCGUGGCGCUUGGGCUGUCGAACUACUACCAGCAGAAGGGUCAGCUCGGCAUGCGGCACACAAUCUUGUACUUUGCGUGCUUCCAAUCGCUUGUAAACACGCUCGCAUCGCUUUCGUCCGCAGUGAGCCAGCUGCGCGCCACACUCGGGCGCCUCAAGACGUUGGAAGCGAUGCUGCGCUGGUACUCGGAGCCGCUCGCGGACACCGCGGGAGAGGGCUGCACCGCGGCCUCGGAGUUGGCCGUGGUCGACGUGCAGGAGUCCGCCACAGCAGACGUAGCUCUGGACCACGUUAGUUUCUCGUAUCCAGCGGUGCCGGCUUUCUUCAGCGAGGUUGGUGGCGCCGCUGGCGCAGGCGACGCCGUUGCCUCGUGGGAGCAGCAGCUGGGCACCGACAUGGGCAGUCAGCACAGCAACGGCGUGUCGGAGGUGAGCUUGACGGCUCUUAUUGGGGGCAUCACGGUCCUUUACGGUCCCAGCGGCUGUGGGAAGAGCACCUGUCUGCGGCUUCUGUGUGGUCUGGUGCGGCCUCACACGGGCACAGUGCGCACGCAGCGUCGAGCCCUGCUGCUGGAGCAGCAGCACGCCAUCUUUAUCGGCACGGUAGCAGAGAACAUCUUGCUCACCAACUUAUCCAGCUUUGGUAGUAGUACGGCUGAAGCGAGUGCGUUAAAACCCACGAGGCCAUCGAGUGGCGCUCUUCAGUUGCCCACUGCCGCAGCGACUUUCGCUGAGAUGCAGCGGCGCGUCACGGACGCAGCGGUUAAGAGCGGCUGCGCAAACUUCUUGAGCAACCCAUUCAGCACCUUCAUCGAGAGUGUCGACCACCCGCAGUUCAGCGGUGGUCAGCUGCAGCGCAUUGUCUUGGCUCGAAUGUUGGCGCGGACGGACAACCAUUCCCUUGUCCUCCUAGAUGAGCCUACCACUGGACUCGACCGGAGCGCCGUGGAGGUGCUGCUGGAGGCUAUCAAGGAGCUGCGUGACACCCAUCACAAGACGAUUCUCAUUUCGACCCACGAUCACCGUGUGGCGGAGGUGGCGGACAAAGUUAUCGAUCUGUCGGCGAGCGCAGCAGAGGCACAGUAA